AUGAUCCCGCACUGUCACAUCCUAACCCCUCUCCCUUGGCCCCCACUUCCCUGGUGGGCGGGCAGGCAGCAGGAGGGGGAGGUGCGGCAGCUGCAGCGGGAGGUGCAGGAGGCGCGCGCAGCCAGGGACGCCACGGCGGACGAGUUGCUGCGCGUGUCCCAGCGCCUACUGGCGCUCGAGAAGGAGCAAGUGGCGGUGCCGGCACUGGAAGCGGAGCUGGCGGGGUUGAGGGCGCGGCACGAGGUGGCGCUGGUGAUGGUGGGCGAGCGCAACGAGCGCGUGGACGAACUCGAGGCCGACCUGGCGGAUGUCAGGGCGCUCUACAAGGAGCAGGUCGCGCUGCUCGCCGGGCAGGUGUGUGGCAGCAGGCACAGAGGGGCGUGGUGUGAGGCACAGAGGGGCGUGGCGGCAGGCACAGAGGGGCGUGGCGGCAGGCACAGAGGGGCGUGGUGUGAGGCACGGAGAGGCGUGGUGGUGCACGGGCAGGGGAGUGUGAUGAGUGGGCGAGUGGAGGGGCACAAAGGCGGCAGUGCGGCCACACGGCAGUGGCUGGGGCAUGCAUGGCUGUUGCUGGGGCAUGCAUGGCUGUUGCUGGGGCAUGCAUGGCUGUUGCUGGGGCAUGCAUGGCUGUUGCUGGGGCAUGCAUGGCUGUUGCUGGGGCAUGCAUGGCUGUUGCUGGCUCGCACUGCCAUCACAGCCACCCUCGUCUGCUGGCUCGCACUGCCAUCACAGCCACCCUGUCUGCUGACAGCAUUCGCAAGCUCCCUUUCUUGCAACACUUCUGUACCCUUGUCCAGCAAUGCCCCCCCCCCCUGCCCUGUGCUCUGUGCCAAUCCCUUGCCAAUCCCACCGCCCGCCUCCCCACGCUGCCCUCUAUGGCAGGUGGACCCAGCCAAGUGGCCACAGGGCUACCGCAUCUGCCUCUUCUGCCCGCACUGCGCCAAGACCCAGCGCUCUCACCCCAAAUAG